UUCCAGUUGCAUGUACUUUACCACCAACCAGCCCCUCUUGUGUUGUGUGUACACAGGGUGUCUGAGUAUUUGGAGUGUUAAAUUAUUUCUUGAUACAGCGGUACUACAAGCAGGGGAUACAGUGUUACUUAUGAAUGAAGAUUUGGAGGGAUUGGACUUCCUGGGUGUGUGUGUGACGUUUUUUUCACUGUGCAUUGUUUUGGAAGGAUGUUGGUUAUUUGCUUGAGGGGCAUUUUCUCCACUAGGACUCGGAGUGUACAUUUACACCGGCAUGACCGGGCUGGCUGAUUUCACACCACUGUCUUGCUACAAGCAGUGAAGUAUGAUAUAUGGGGUGAAUUUCUUAUGAAUCGGCUGUCUGCAUAAUUCAUUGCCUCUGAAAGACUGGAACUUCUUCUGCACACACAGUAUCCAAUGGGAUGUUAAUGAUAUUCUCACCGCAGAGUCUGUCUCGCUGUGUCAAUCUCUGAUUCAUUUUUCGGGACGAAACACCCCAGAGGCAUACAUUAGCAUCGGGCGGAACCCCAGACACAGUCAAGGGCUUUGUUGCACAAUGGCUGCUCAUAAUAUUCAUAAUUUCCACGUCUUCGGAAACAAUGAUGCUACUCCUGCAUGACGGUAGACUCUUGUGUCAAAACAAUAGCCUCUGGUUUGAGAGGAGUUGAAGACAUUCUGGGGGUGGGGAAAGAAUAGAAAAUUGGACGCCGAUGGAAUUACAUGUGGAAACACCAAUUCAGCAGCCGGGAUCCAAGAUAAUUUCUGGGAGCGCCGUCUUCCCGAUGAAGGGGGAGAACAAGAUCAAGACCAAGAAAUCGCGGCUGAUGCCGUCGCGGCUGCAGAUUUUGCCGCGGCCCGAGGAUGGGGGCGCUCUUCCACUGGACGUUGUGGUGCUGCGCGACAGGGCCAACCGAGCGCCGCGCAAGAACCGGGCGGCGGUGUGCGAACGCUGCCGUCUGGAAAGAAUGGGCAGACAGCAACAGCAGCAGCAGCAACAACAGCAGCGAGAACCCUGCCCAGACUGUCUGUCACACUGUUUGCUACCAUCUUUGUCAGUGUCACUGCUCCAGAGUAUGUAUCAUGCUGAGAAUUUUCCAGACAGCAUCCAGUCACGGCCCCUCCCCAGCACCCCGUCGCACGGCCCGGUGGACCUCCCGCGAUGGAACUCAAGCGAGGAGCUGAAUGCCCAGGAUGACCCCGAGCUCUUCGUGGUGCUCUACGACUUCAGUGGAAGCGGGGAGAACCAACUCAAUGUUCGCAAAGAUGAGAAUGUGCGCAUCAUCUCCUACAACAAGAACGGCGAAUGGUGCGAAGCCAAGAAGACGUCCAACGGCAAGUCAGGCUGGGUGCCUUCCAGCUACGUCACCCCCGUCAGCAGUCUAGAGAAGCACUCGUGGUACCACGGCCCCAUCUCCCGCACCGCGGCCGAGUACUUGCUCAGCAGCGGCAUAGACGGCAGCUUCCUGGUCCGUGACAGCGAGAGCAGCCCAGGCCAGCUGUCCAUCUCGCUGCGCUUCGCUGGGAGGGUGUACCACUAUCGGAUCAACCACUCCCCAGAUCUGACCAAGUUCUUUGUCACUAACGAGAGCCAGUUCCCGACCGUAGCCGAGCUGGUCCACCACCAUUCCAAGGACGCCGACGGCCUGAUCACCACGCUACGGUUCCCUGCGGCCAAGACCAACAAGCCAACGAUCUACGGCGUCUCACCGCAGCCAGACGAGUGGGAGAUUGAGCGGACAGACAUCUCCAUGAGGAACAAGCUGGGCGGGGGGCAGUACGGGGAGGUGUACGAGGCUGUCUGGAAGAAGCACAGCAAGAUCGUGGCAGUCAAGACAGUCAGGGAAGAGAAUAUGAGAGUGGACGAGUUUUUGCGAGAGGCAGCGGUCAUGAAGACGAUCAAGCAUCCCAAUUUGGUCCAGCUACUAGGCGUAUGCACCCGUGAGCCCCCCUUCUACAUCAUCACUGAGUUCAUGCAGCACGGCAAUCUCUUGGAGUACCUCAGGGAGAAUGAUGACACCACACUGCCGGCCGUCACGCUGCUCUACAUGGCCUCCCAGGUGGCCUCCGCCAUGUGCUACUUGGAGUCCAAGAGCUUCAUUCACAGGGAUCUGGCAGCGAGGAACUGCCUGCUGGGCGACAACCACCUGGUCAAGGUGGCUGAUUUUGGCCUGGCCAGGAUCGUGAGCGGUGACAUCUACACGGCCCAGGCCGGGGCCAAGUUCCCCAUCAAGUGGACAGCCCCGGAGAGCCUGGCUUACAACAAGUUCUCCAACAAGUCGGACAUAUGGGCCUUCGGUAUCUUACUUUGGGAGAUUGCCACUUAUGGCAGCUCUCCGUACCCUGGCGUGGAGCUCCAGCACGUCUACGAGAAGCUAGAGCGAGGCUACCGGAUGGAGCGGCCCGAGGGCUGCCCGGCAGACGUCUACAAACUCAUGCUCAAGUGCUGGGAGUGGAGCGCAGCUGAGCGGCCAGACUUCAUCGGCAUCCAGGAGGAGAUGAACAACAUGUUUCAGAACUCCAGCAUCAGCGAGGAGGUGGAGAAGUCCUUACACCGGCGACGGGAGCCACCGUUGCUUCCAACGAAGAACAGGAGCAGCAGGAAGGGGAGCGGAGGAGGAGGCGGGGGAGGGUCUGAGGGGGCGGAGCAUCAUGGCAGAGGAGGGGGCAAGGAGGCCCCUGGCGAUAGCACCAAACAAAGACAAAGCCCUCAAAACUCCCCCGAACAUAAUCGGAAGAAGCUUCCCUUCAAGCUCCCUAACCUUCCCCGCAAGAAGACCGACCGACCCAAACAGCAAGACCAAGGCACCCACCACCACCAGCAGCAGCAGCAGCAUCACCCCCAUCACCACCAUCCCCCAGACAGGCAGAUCAGCUCAACUGAGGAGGAUGCCUCCACAAGAGGCCAUCACAUCAACCACCAGGAGGUCCCCGAGAAGCCCCGUCGUGGCUCGCCGAUUCAUCGGCAGGAGAAUGGAACCACCCGUCUCCACGAUACUGUACACCAGGAGCUGAACUCGUGCUUGCACAACUCCUCCCAGUCCCACGGCCAGACUAGCUCCGAGAGUGGCGGGGACAAUAGCGGAGGCUCGGGCCAGAAUGUGCGCGUUGCGCUCAGGCCUCCCAUCAAUGGGCGCAAGAAACCUCGCAAGGAGAGGAAGAAGAGUGCUGAUGAAGCCCUGAUAGAGGAGCAAGACGGACCCUUUCCAAUCCCGCGAUCCUCCUCGUCAAGCCCAACCUGCGAGCGCAAACCCAGGAAGACCGAAGCACUGCCAGAGGUGACAGAGGAACAUACCAUGAGGCGCAAGGCUCUCAAACCUCCCCCAAAAUUGGACAUCAGGCACCGAGAUCUCACCCAGGAGACAGACAAUGCCAAAGAGCAGCUGGCUAAGACCAAAUCGCUACCCUACUCCAAGAAAAACACCCUGCCGCCUCCCCCGACAAGCCCAGUGUUGAGCCCCGAACCGGAGAGCCCCAGGGGAACUCUGCCCAAUUAUGGAACAAGGACCCGGGAUAAGGGUAAGCUUUCCCGCCCGACUGUGCCACCCCCUGCGCCCCCUGCCGACGCGGUGACAUCACCUUCGUCAGAAUCCAGUCCAAGUCCCCACGGCUCUCCUAGCAAAUCCUCCCAAGUGACAUCCUCCUCCUCAUCAAACAAACCAACCCCGUUAUCCCCCAAACCCCAAAUCAUAGGACCUAAGCCCAUUCUCAGUCCUAAACCCGACCUGACCAGCCCGAAAUACCAGCAGCAGACGGCUCUGGUGCCCCCAAAGCCCCAGAAGCGGACCUCCAUCCAAACAAAGCCCCUGUCUGGACAGACGGAAAAUUCUACCAAGGUAGGACCGAUCUCCAAAUCAUUCAUCCUCCAGCUCUCCGAUUCCCUCAGCUUCAAAGCGGACUCCAUCCAGGACCACCGGGAAUUUGGCCGGUGUAGUGAUCUCUGCGCGGACCUGGAGAUCUUUUACAGUACAUGCAUCAAGUACCUGGAAUCGCUGCCCGUCCGGAUGCGCUUCUCGGUCCGGGAACACUUGAGUGCGCUAGACACGCACGUGCAAAACUUGAAAAUGAAGACGACGACGGGCUCCGACAGCCAGCUGGGGUCAAUCCUCAGCGACGUCCAAAAACAGAUGGAGGAGAUAAGGUCCCUGAUUCAACGAUAGCUCCCUCUUGGGAGAUUGUAUAGUAUAUCAUUAAUAUCUUAUAGCUCUUUACAAUGUGCUCUUUCGUAUUUCAGGCAUUGUUGAUGAUGUCUGUGUAUAAACACUUCGAAGUAUUUCAUUCCCUACACAUGCCUUCUACAAUGAAUUUUAAAAAAAAUGGCACCUCACAUGGAAAAACAUGAUUAUUUCUCAAUUUCAAAAUAUCAGUGUUAAGCCUCGCUAAAUGUCCUUCAAAAACUUGCAAGUGAGAGAGUUUAGUCUACCUAAGCUCCAACUUGUCUGAGUACCUCAGUUAUUUUAAGUCCUUAAUCCUUGCAUGAGCUGGGAAUGCUAUCGUCCAGAAAGGGUUUUGCCAUCUGCAAGAUGUUUGGUGGGAUAUGCUGGUAAGCUUAACAGCUUAUUGUACCACCUUGGGUCAAAAUAGCAAGAGUUUGCUGUCACAGGAGCAGCAAAAAUUCCUAAUAAUUGUUUUCAUUUUGAAGUGUAAAUUGUGGUGACUCUGUAUUAAAGACAAGACAACAAAAUGGAUUUGAUAUAUGAGGCUACUUUUUAAAUUGCGUGUGGGGAGGCACAUGCCCUCUGUACUCAAGAGGCUGAUGUAUUACGCAUGUAUAUGAAUAGCUUUAAACGUUCAGAACAUUGUUAUCAAACAAUCAGCAAUUUGAAUGUGGUUCACUUUAUCCUGUGAUACAUUCUAAGGAAACUAUGGUGACUGCGGUUUGUUAGAAAAGGAACUUAAAGUUGCAACCAGACGUCUUGCAGAUGGGAAACCCUUGCAUAAAUUGACUGUUUCUUGACCUAGAGUUAACCGUGAUCUCUUAGAUCCUUCGAAAUGCACCAAGAGGUUUUCCAGGAGUUUGCAGGAUUUAGGAAGUUAGUCCACUUGCAACUUCAAUCCCAAAUGGUAAACCUUUGGUUUCCUGCAUAAUGGUGGGUUUUGUAGGAUUGAGGAAGGUUUCUAGCAAAAACAUUUAAAGAUUUUGUUAAUUUCUUUUCCACCCAGGGGAUUAGUUAUCGUUCAAAUCUGUGACCUCUUGGUCAAAGGUUAUCAUCGUCAUACCAAUCUGAUGGUGGCAUGGGUGGCUAGUGCGUAAAGCGCUUGCCUCUCAUCACUGUGGCCUGGGUUCGAUUCCCGGUUCGGACCAUUUGUGAGUAGAGUUGUGCGUUGGUUCUCUCCUGUGCCACAAGGGUUUUUCUCCGGGCUCUCCGGUUUUCCUCCCUCCGCAAAAAUCAAACACUUUUGAUCUCUGGUUGUGCUCCUCGGUCAGACAUAAGUCGUAUGGCGGCUGCCAAAGGCGCCUUUACAUGCGUUCAGCUCGUCCAUGUUGUAGCCGUGUCCUUCAUAAUUCAGCUUCUCAGCUGCGAGUAAGGAUGAUUAGCCCCCUAAAUUAUUAGUAUAAUCUAGUCAGUGACCUGCCCCCCGAUUGGACCAGAUUACCCCAAGGACUACAUGCAAUCCCCGCAGAAUGUGCACUGGGUACCAGACAAACCUUUGAGGGGGGUUUCUCUGAUUUUUAGACCAAUGUGUGUAGGAGGGCACAAGUUUCUUAGAUUUCAAGCUUAAUUCUGAGAAUGGGAUGGCUUUCUUCUAAACCCUUUGCGAGACCAAAAUGCUCUUUCUUACACACUCCGACUUGAAAAGAAACCUCUAAACAACCUGCCUUAAUUAGAUCUAAGAAAACCCUUUAAAAUGUUAAGAUGCCUCUUUGAAGUGUUCUUUGUAUUAAGGAACGUGCGAGGUAAAGACGUAUUUCGAUAAAAACAAAUUCUAUGAUUAUAUAUGUAUAUGUCACGUGUUGUAUUUGUAUAUGUAUUGUAACAUUGGGUUAUUGCCUGCCUUGUAUGAUAUUAAAAAAAAGUUUUUAAAAAUCAAGUCAGCAUACCAAAUCUAUAAUGAAUACCCAUGCAGUAGGGAGUAUUUCAGAACUUGAGUAUUUUGGUUCCUUAUGGAACAAUCAGUGUAAAAUCUGAAAAGAAAUUCCCAUAUGGGCAAAAAUUCCCAUAUGGGUGUGCAUGUACCGGUACCUUAUAUACCUCAAAUGGGCAAGGAUUCCCACAUGGGUGUACUGGUUUUCUCUCCCAUGGGCAAACUUUCCCAUAUGGGUAAACCUUCCCAAAUAGGCAAGCUUUACCAACUUCCUUCCAUAAUUAGUUUCAUCAAUGUGUAGCCCCCCUCCCCCCAAAAAACCUCUUCGUAUUAAAACUUAUAAAGUAAAAUUUAAAAAAAAAAUUGGAAUAUCAGUCCAGUGUUAAGACACAUCUUCCCAAACCUGACCUUUUGUCAUUUGUUUUGAUCUUUCAUUUUUAUUGAUUUUUUAGUUAUAUUUGUUUUAAUGUCUUUUUAGAUUAUUAUCAAUUAACAAUAGCAGUUGUUAUAUACAACGCCUGAAUAAAUCCCUGUAGUUUGAUUGAUGGGUUGUUGAUCAUGGCAUCACAUAUCAUGGAAUUAUUCGUCCGAACCCACGGCCCGGCCUCCCUGCAUAUUAGAAGUCCCAUUCCACGAUAAAUAGAAGUUACCUUGCACGGACAUACUGUUACCAAUCAGGUGGUGGGAAUUUAUUCAGGCAUUGUAGCGAAUAAAUAAUUAAUGUUUCACAUUUUUGUAAUGAAAGUAAUAAUUUUGUUCAGUGACGGAUGGAAUGUUCUACUCCACGAGGUGCAUGGAUCAUUCCAUGUCACUGCGUGAACUUAUUCUAACAAUUGCACUCCAAACAUUAAUUAUUUGUAUAUUGAAACGGAAAUAUACGAAGUAACCAAAUUUGGUGAAUUGUGACAAUAUCUUCAGCAGUGUACUUAAAGACUUUGCAGUCCGUAAGAGAAUUUACACAGAUCCGACAAUAACUGAUACGCACAUAAAUUAACUUUCCAUUGUCCGGUUUUGCUGAUGCGCCAUAGUGUUAUGUGAUCGCACUGAUGUAGUUUACUGUUUCGCUUUAUUUCUGGCUUUUCAACAAAACUGGAUGUUUGUAGUCCGGUACCUUCAUGUGAGGCAAAAUUCUUCAGACUUCCAAUCAUUGCAGCGUUACGCAUUUCAUACGAGUGUGGCAUUUGUCACACUUUCAAGCAAGUGGGCCAACGCACUUUUGAUAUUUGACUCUGACAUCAGAUCCUGCAUAUCCAAUCAGAGAGCUCCUUGUCAUCACAUGAUCAGAGCAUUGGCCAGUCAGAUUGAACUGAACAUCAAGUUAUGUCGUUGUUUUUUUUCAUGUCUUUCCUUAAGUCUGUAUUUUUUAUUCAGGAGAUUUAAGCUGUUGUUAUUUUGUUUAAUCUUCAUAGUUUGGAGAUAUAUUUUCGGAUGUUGUCUUUGAGAUUCCCAAGUAAUUAUGCAAUGAUUUUGAGAUUGUUUUUUUUUAAGCGACAAAACGGUUGGGAAUGCAAUUGAAGUUGUUCACAUUUAAGAACUGCUGCUGUUCACUAUGCUGGACGCUAUGUGUCUGUUAAUGAAACAUGUGCCGAGAUGACAAAGAAAUUAAAACAUUUUGCUGUAUGCUGUAAUAUUUGUAAUAAAAAGUGAUUAUCUUGAAGCAUAUAAUUCAACAAA